AUGCAAUUAGAUUUAACUAAUACUGAAAAAGUUAAAAAUAUAGAAUUUAUUAAACAUGAAGAUCUAUACGCCAAAAAACAUAUACUGUUACCCUAUGAUAAUUUAACGAUUUUGUGCGAAAUAAAAUAUACUAUAUGUACAAACAAGUGGACACCAACGAAUCAAACAUUUGAAAGAAUCGAAACAAAAUUGAACAAUGAUCUUGUCAGUCUCUUUGAAAGUGAGAAACAUUGGGAUGUUACGUUAGUAGCGGAUGGCCAUGAAUUGCAUGCUCACAAAUGCAUAUUAGCAAGUCGUAGUGAUGUCUUUGCUGCAAUGUUUGAACAUGAAAUGGAAGAAAGUAAAUCAAAUCGUGUUGUUGUCACGGAUUGUGAUCAUAAAGUGCUUAAGGAAAUGUUGCGUUAUAUUUAUACAGGCAAGGCACCAAAUUUAGAUGAAAUGGCCGCUGAACUCUUAGCAGUAUGUAAUAAGUACGGUUUAGAAAAUCUCAAAUACAUGUGUGAGGAAAAACUAUGCAAUCGUUUAACCAUCGAUACAGUUGCUGAAACAUUAAUAUUAGCCGAUCUUUAUAGGGCGAAAGAACUGAAGGAACAUACCAUACAUUUUAUGAAUACUCAUGCUAAUGCUGUAACCAAAACCGAAGGAUGGAAAAAACUUGUUAAUAACCAUUUUCAUUUAAUAACUGAAGUGUAUCUAAAGCUUGUAGAAUAG